GUGGGCCCGGACGCGGCGCCCAGCGCCCGUGGGUGUGCAGGGACAUCAUGGCGGCCUCGCCGCCCUCAGCCCCGGGAGAGCCGGCGCCGCCGCCGCCGCCGCUGCAGUACAGCCUCCUGCUGCAGCAUCUGGUGGGCGACAAGCGGCAGCCCCGCGUGUGGGACCCCGCCGCCCUCGGCGGAAUCCCCUGCCCGCCCAAGAGCGAGGAGCAGAAGAUGGUGGAGCGGGUCAUGGAGAGCUGCCCCUUCAAGGCGGCGCUGGCUUGCGUGGGAGGAUUUGUUCUGGGAGGUGCGUUUGGUAUCUUCACAGCUGGCAUUGACACCAACGUGGGGUUUGAUCCCAAGGAUCCUUACCGCACACCCACGGCCAGAGAGGUGCUCAAGGACAUGGGGCAGCGAGGCAUCUCCUACGCCAAGAACUUCGCCAUCGUGGGUGCCAUGUUCUCCUGCACGGAAUGCAUGGUAGAAUCUUAUCGUGGGAAGUCAGACUGGAAGAACAGCGUUAUCAGUGGCUGCAUCACAGGAGGAGCCAUUGGCUUCAGAGCUGGGCUCAAGGCCGGGGUGAUCGGCUGCGGAGGAUUCGCCGCUUUCUCUGCUGCCGUCGAUUACUACCUGCGGUAACAGCAGCUCCCUCGGGAGCAACAUCCCCCGUUCAGUGCUGCUGCUGAGAGCCUGCAUCACGGCACAACCACCAGGCUUACCUUUCCACUGCCCGUGCAGUCCUGCCCAGUGCCAGCAGGGCGGCCCUGGCCACUUUGUGAAUGACUAACAGCGACCUGGCUGCGAGCCCUGGCGAGCUGCUGCAGGCAGGCUGGCGGGAGCAGGGGAGGAUGGAGCCAGGCACAGAGCAGCAUCUCCAGGACACAUCAGCUGACUGUCAGUUUCCAGGAAACAUGCCUGGACUCUGAGCUCUUUCAAUCCUUUGGGGCUGAUUUUGAUUAAAAAUUGUUGCUAGCAUCAAAAGAAGGCAGGAGGACAAUCUUCGAAGAGAAAUGCACUGAUUUAGGUUACCACAUGUUUGAAGGUGCUGCAAGUGUUUUAACAGUCACCAGUUUGCAGCCUUCUACUCUGUUGGGGAGAGGUAAGAUCCUGUGGAGAAAUACGUUUGUUCCAGGCUUUUCUUAAAAUACCAUCUGAAGUCAAACCACCAUCUGUACAACUUGUCUUCUUUCAAGUACAGCGAUGAGCGCCAGAUUUCUUUACCAUGUUUUAAAGGGAAAAGCACAAAGGAAUCCUUAGCCUUAGAGCUGUGUGGUUGCUGGCAGAUGAACAAAACAGUUUAAGGGAAAAAAAGAGGUUGUUGCUGAAGUAUAAUUCUCUGUUGCCACUUGGCUAGCCUGAUUUAACCUCACUGUGGGAGUAGAAUCUUGCUACUGCUCUAACUGCCCCAGGCUCACCCCAUUAUUUCCAGCAGUUUGAUAGUGAGACUUAGAAAGCAGAGUUGUGAGAAUAAACCAGUGUUUGACAGAUAACUGGGCACUCACUCAGGACACAGCCUGCUUCCCAUCAUGUCCCUCUGCCACCUCCAAGUGCCCCAGUGUUACACAGGGGGAAGUGAAGUAUUACUUCUGCCCAGCAUUAGUGCUGAAAUCAAAACAUCUGUUUGUUAACUCAAGGAGCUGCUGUCUCUUUGUUCUAUCUGCUCUCCUGCUCUUCUAACCAAGCUCUGUUCUCAGACCUCAGAGGGUCAUUUUUAACCUUCAUUGAGCCACUCCAUAAAGGCAAACACUCCCUCUCAUCUUUUUCAGGCAGUGGCAUUUCAGAUGCAGUGCACACAACUAAGAGGGAUUCUCCCACCCAUUUCCCCUCCUUUGCAUCCACAGUUUGACAUCCCAGGACAGUGACAGCCCUUGUUGACCUGAAAGAGCAAUACCAGCAGUGUGUUUUGGCUGAUACAGUGGUGAGUGGUCAGUUUGGAGGCACAUUGGCUUCCAUUCCCACAUGGAAAGAAGUGGGGAGACAGCACCAUGUGAUCUAUCAGAUGAGGUUUCCAGAUCUCCUGAUGUCCCUUGCUGUGCCUGUUCAGUAUCCUCAGGCCAGAAGCUCUGCAAGUCAGCUGAAUUUUAAGCUUGAGUAAUUCUAGGCUGAUUAAACAGGCUGGCUCCAGACAGUCCAGGUUUUUUUCCUCCAAAAUGCAAGGAUGUAGCCCAAACCAUAAGAAGUCUCUUCAAAGAUUGCCUGGCACAAUGCCUGUGCUUAUACCACUGGUUUGAAGUGCAGCUAGCAAGAAUUCUAUGACAGAAAGAAGAAGCUGUGAUGCCAAGGUGAUCAGUUAGUGCAAACAGCAACACCACAGGGCUUCUUUUGUGCAAAUAUCGGGGCUUUGCAUUUUUAUUAACAUUUUUUUUCUCCUCACGAGGUUUUACAGCCAUUUAAAGUUUAUAAUCUACAGAAAUUGAAACAGAACACAAACAAAAAUAUAUCCUUAACAACUUUUGAAAGUCAAAUAUUAAUUAACAGUUCUAUUCUACCUGUAGCUGCAAGAGUCCACCCCCCUCUUUUCCUUCCUGUAGGAACAAGCAAAAGCCAGUCAUGGGGACAGCCACAGCCUGUGGUGCUGGGCUGUGGGGACCGGGCCUCCAGCCACUGUCACAGGGGGAGAUUUGGCUGUACAGAGUCUCCAUCUGGAAUGACAGUGUCGUGGACAGAGAGUUGGACACAUGUAACAAAUCACACACACAGGGAUCCGUUGUGCAGUCAGCUCUAACGCUCGGCCUCCUUACUGGGUCCAGGGCCAAGACAGACACCUGGUUAUUUUCUGCAAUGCUGUUUCCCUUCUGUUUAGCUGGUAGUCAGGAGGAGCAGGGGUCUGGAGGGUCUGGAGUGUGAGCCCUUUGGAGGGGGACUGAGACCUCCCCUCCUUGGUUGUUUUGCUGGUGCAGGGCUGGCAGGUGCUGCCUUCCCCAGGGAGGUGGCUGAGGACAUACCUGGAGCAUCGGUGGCUGGGCUCUACCUGGAACAGUCCAUGAGUUGGGAGGGUAAAGGCAACGCUGCUGUGAGGGACACGCUUGGUCACUUCUCAUCCAUCUCUAUUUGGCACAGGAGAGCACAGGGCCAGCACAGUCGGGGAGGUGGGGGGGCUUUUCCCACAAGAACACGGACUCAGCUCACAGAGCGAAAGGUUUUGUGUCCCAACAGGUACCAAUACCUACAUGGGAAUGUGGGGACAUCCCGGGAGCCGGGCACUCGGGCAGCCUGUCCUGCCUUGGGACAUGGCGUGACAACUCCAACCAUCAGCCUGGGAGGAGUCGAGAACUAGAGCCACCAACAAACAGACCUGAGCUGGCUGGGCACGGCUAACCCAGCAGCAACCACUCUGGGAGAAAGACAGAACAAAGCAUGAAUGCCUUCAGUCACGAGGGCCAUGAAGGCUUUCCUCCUCCCAUCCUUCUGUGCUGGUUCCCAGGCUGGGUGACCAUCCAGCUGCUGCACAGCACUUGCCUCUGGGAACCAGGCUGCCACCGAGGCAGGGCCAUCUGCUGCCAUGUGCCUGGUGCAGCAGGGAAGGCCAAAGAGGGGGACAAAAAAUUUCCUUGUCCCCAUGGCCAUGGGAGGAAUGCUGGUGCCCUGGCAGGCUAUGCCAUGGGGUGCAUGCAGUGCUCAUGGCAAGUGCUGGGCUGGCAGGGGCGUGAGUGCCUCGCUAGGGCAGAGACAGAACUGUACAGCAGGUACCCUGUUCCCCACCAAAUUUCCAAACUGGGGAAAUUUGGGACCACAUCAGUGCCAGAGCAGAUGUGGGGUCAGCCCGUGGUGCAGAAAGCAAACCUGCCUGGCUGGCCAUCCCUUCAGCCUGCUGUGGAUCAAGACCAGCACAGCACCUCUGGCUCCAGCCUCGUGUGAGGAGUUACCCCAUAACGCUACUCAGAGGUGAAAUCCAGCGAGGGGAAGAACCACGCCACACACACACAGGAAAAGCACAGGGCUGGGGCUGCAGAGGGGACUGGCCUGAAAACACCCAGGAGAGCCAAGGCAGGGAGCAAGCAGCACCCUGCUCCUCUGCUGCCGUGGUCGCAGGUUUGCUGGGGCCGGAGCAGGAUCCAGGCACGGGGUCCAAGGUUUGCGCAGGCAGCGAAGCCAAAGCUGGGCUGGUUGUCACUGUCACCGGGGAGGGAGGCCCUGGGCUGCCGGCCUCAGAGCAAGCCAGUGCUGCACAUGCAAGCGUGGGCAGGGAGCUGGGCAGCAAACAGGCACUCUGGGCACUGCAGGCGUCAGGCAAGGGGUGCCUGCUAGGAGUGAGCAGGCAAAAAGGAGUCCAGGAGAAAACUAGCCAAGGGGGAAGCCUGUGUCCACAGCCCUUGUCAGUCACUACCUCUUCCGUUGAGCAAAUAUACAUAAAAACAAUCCUUGAACACAAGAAGACAUAAGACACGACUACUUUACAGAGAGGGCCUGGCACCUGUGGGACCGGGCCACUGGAACAUGAUUGUACAGGAGCUGCAGGCGGCACCGUCCUGGGUGUGGGCUGGUCUCCCUCGGGGGCUGUGAUCCAGUCCGUGUCCCCCAGCAGGGAGCUGGAGUGUUUGCAGCUGGUGCCUUCUGCCUGCAGGCUACACGUCCGUGGAGAAGUAAAGUGUGUUGCGUUUGAGCUCGGUGAAG